CUCAACCAGGAAGUGUUUCAUUCGCUGCACAGCUGAGCAGCUGAACAGGCCAUAAAACUAGACAGGAUGGCCCAGUUUCAGGAAGUAUCAAAGCAGUCUGGUCUGCGCCCUAAACCUGCAGGGCUAGUUUUGCCGUAUGGUACCGCUGGCUUCAGGACCAACGCCAAACUGCUGGACCACAUCAUGUUCAGGAUGGGACUAUUGGCCACCAUACGCUCCAAAAAGACCAAAGCCACCAUUGGAGUCAUGGUCACUGCAUCACACAACCCUGAGGAGGACAACGGGGUGAAGCUGAUUGACCCCAUGGGGGAGAUGGUUAAUCCGACAUGGGAGGGCUACGCCACCCAGCUGGCCAACGCGGAGCAGGAAGACUUGCUCGCCGCUCUUAAGGACAUUAUAGAGAAGGAGGCCAUAAACAUGAGCCAGGAGGCCAACGUGUUUGUGGGCAAAGACACCAGAAGCAGCAGUGUGAGCCUUUCAAAGUCAGUAUUGGAUGGGGUGUCUUCACUCGGUGGUCACAGCAAAGACUACGGUUUGGUGACCACCCCGCAGCUCCACUACAUGGUUUGCUGUCAGAACACUCAGGGUAAAUAUGGAGAAGCCACCGUGGAGGGAUACUAUCAGAAACUCUGCAAAGCUUUCAUUCAGCUCACAAAGAAUGCGUCCAAUUGUACAGACGACCAGAAGCACCUCUCUGUGGACGGCGCUAAUGGCAUUGGGGCCCUAAAGGUGCGUGAGAUGGAGAGUCACCUGAAGAAGGAGCUGCACAUAUCGCUGUUCAACGACGGCAGUACAGGAAAGCUCAACCACCAGUGUGGGGCGGACUUUGUCAAAGUGCAGCAAAAACCUCCAACAGGCAUGAAGAUAAACUCUGGGGAGCGUUGCUGUUCCUUUGACGGUGACGCUGAUCGAAUAGUUUACUACUACACUGACUCUGCAGGACAGUUUCACCUGCUGGACGGAGAUAAAGUCGCUACUUUGAUCAGCACUUAUCUUAAAGAGCUGCUCACACAGGCUGGUCUAGACCUGGAGAUAGCAGUGGUGCAAACUGCUUAUGCUAAUGGGAGCUCAACAAACUAUUUGGAAGACACUAUGAAGGUGGUCGUGAGGUGUACUAAAACUGGAGUGAAGCACCUUUGUCAUGCAGCCCAGGAUUUUGAUAUUGGUGUGUACUUCGAGGCCAACGGUCAUGGAACUGUCUUGUUCAGUAAGGCAGCUGAAGAGAAGAUCCAGCAGCUCGCUGAGGACUCCAGCACCGACGACGAGAGGAAGAGAGCAGCUCUCCUGCUGCUGAACACCAUCAACGUCAUCAACCAGACUGUCGGUGAUGCCAUUUCUGACAUGCUGCUGAUCGAAGCCAUAUUAGCCAUCAAGGGUAUGACUAUCCAUCAGUGGGACGCCAUCUACAAUGACCUGCCAAACAGGCAACUCAAAGUCAAGGUGUCGGACCGCAGGGUGAUAGACACCACAGACGCAGAGAGACGGGCAGUGAGCCCAGAAGGACUCCAGGAGACCAUCGACAGUUUAGUGAAGAAGUAUAGAAAGGCCCGCUCCUUUGUGAGACCCUCCGGCACCGAGGACGUGGUGAGAGUUUACGCCGAGGCAGAAACACAGGACAGCGCUGACGACCUUGCACAUGAAGUCAGCCUUGCGGUGUAUCGUCUCGCCGGGGGAACGGGGGGUGAACCCAAACCACUGCAAUAGAAACACUUACGCACAAUCACACUACAAUAACUAAUCAAUCUGUGCUUUUUAAAUGCAAUUCCAGUUGACAACAUUGUUUUCUUAAGUUGUAAUUUAUCAAAAUUGCUUAUUUUGGGGAAGGUGCCAAAUGGUUUUGUACCAUUAAUUGCACUUGGUCCUUCACUCUAGUUCACUCUAUUUUUUUGUAUUUAUCUGUCAUGUAAAGAUAUGGUACAAACGGGGAGACAAUGAAGGGAUUUUAUGCUACUUUAAGUAAUUCUUCUCAUGUAAUGUUAUUGUGUUUUAAACAGGCUGCUAUGCCACAGAAAUAAUCAUGAUGGGUUUCUAUAUAUAUGAUGGGUUUCUAUAUAUAUUAACAACUACUUUACUUUAUGUAAGCCAUAAUUAAAACAUAAAUUGUCUUCUUUAACAAAUUAAGAAAGUCUUUAUGGUUUAAAUUAACUUUUGGUUAUCAUUUGGUACUAAAUCUUUUUGACCGGUUACUAUAUGUGAUUAUUUGCUUUUUGAAACAGUGAAAUCACAAGUUUACUUGAGGGGAGUUGUAGAGAUUGUUCUUGUCCGUUGAAAAACCUUUGCUACUUUUGUUUGAAUAAAUAACAG